AUGGCGUCGCCGGCGCCGCUUUUCGCCAUCACCGGGCGCGGAAAUGACGUGAAGCGCGCACGCGACCUGAUCACCUCCGUUGGCGGUGUUCUCACAACGAAGGAGCAGCUCGCCAACUACCUCGUCGUGGUGAGGGGGGCGGGCAGGCGAAAGGUGGAGGAGUACUGCCACCACCACGACGACAGACACGGCGACGGCGGUGCGAGGGGCGCACACCCGCCGCGGGGUCGCCUGCUGCUGCUCGAAAUGCUGGAGCACUGGAGCAGGCAUGGAGGGCCGCCGCGGCGCGAGGUUGGCGUGGCGGAGCUGGAGGAGAUGCGUCUGCUCAGCGCAGCCGCAGCGGAGCGCGGCCAACGCUCCUACGAGGUCCCUGAAGGGUUUUUGAAGCGCCCCCGCCUGACCUCCGGCCCAGACGGCAAAGCGGUGGAUGAGGCAGACAACGCCGUGCUUCUCCCCGUGGGACGAGCAGCACCGCCUUUAGUGGCCGUACAACCAGCGCCAGCAGCGCCGGCGGCGGCGGCGGUAUCCUCCUCAUGCAAGCCGCAAAACAUCCGCGCUGCCGUUCCCCUGGCUGGGGCUGUUGUCUUUAGACCGCCGCCGCAAAAAGACGCACAACGUCGCGGGCUGCUGCUUGACGACGAGAGCCCUCCGCAGCAGGCCGCGGGAGCCACUAAGUCCGAUGGGCCACACAACAACGGCGUGGCGGUGAACCCCAUGCGGGCCGCAUUUUCGCGACGGCCCAAGCCGGACUGGGCCACGUACUUCACCGACCCGCCCGGCAGCAGCGGCGCCGCCGGGGAUUGUCGCGGGGGCGGUGACUGCCAUCGUGCCGCUACCACCGGCACCAACAAAAACAACCAAAAAAGGACGGGGAACGACGCGCGCAGCGGUGGUAACAGACACGUGGACCCACACCACCCGGCCGCCGCCGCCGCCGCCGCCGCGCUCUCGCAUUCCGCGUGCGUGUCGAACAACCACACUACGUCCGCAGUAAACUCGGCGGCCGCAGGCGCACUUAACAUCACAAGGCAGAAAAAAAACAGCGUUGAGAUGACGUUUAAUUUCGCAAAGGGCGGGCCCCGACACCUUGCAACGGUGCCACGCAGCACCAACGGCAACGGCGGUGAGCUGAGCGCGCAUGAGCCGAUUGUGAAGAAGAGAGGUGACGAGAAGGCGGUGGCGGAUGGGGGGAAGCGUGCGCCGCAGCAGCCUGCGAAGCCGCAACGAUCACAGCGCGAGCACCCCCAGCCCAGUUGCUGCGCCCACAGCGUCGCGAGGGGCAAGUCUGGCAAGACUAGCGCUGUGGACCUUCCCAACUCGCGGCAGCCCAAAGUAAACCGUGACGAGGCGUCGUGCAGGAGGACCGCGGGGAGUGACUCGCUCGCGGGCGAUGGGACGUUUGGCGCCCCGCCGCCGCUCCCUCCGCGCCCACGUGAGCCGGGCGGGGUGCGCUUCACCACCGGCGCAGCAAACACGACGGCGCCACCAGCAGGACGCAAAUCAGCCCCAGCGGCGUCUCGUUUCGCGCGACCGUCGAACGCGUCAGCGCCCUUAAACUCCUCCGCUGCGGCCAGUGCGGCUACGAAGACGACGACGACAACAACAAAUAAUAAUAGUAAACAUUCGUCCCGCACGGCGAAUUCCAACCCCCUUCUGCAACGCGUGCGGCAAAGUGCGUACUGCAAGGGCAUUCCCGAAGAGACAUGCGUAACGGUGCUGCAGCAGGUUGUGGACCGUGCCUGCCCUGUAAGCUUUAGCGGCAUAGCUGGCCUUGAGGUGUGCAAGCGCAUCUUGUACGAGGCCAUCAUUCUUCCUGCGAAGUGCCCACAGCUUUUUACCGGCCUGCGGCGGCCGUGUUCGGGGUUGCUGCUAUUCGGCCCUCCCGGAAACGGCAAGACGCUUCUCGCCAGUGCCGUGGCGAAGGAAUGUGAUACGACCUUCUUUAGCAUCUCCGCCGCGGCCAUCACCAGCAAGUGGGUUGGGGAGAGUGAAAAGAUGGUGCGGGCGCUCUUCGCCGUCGCGCGGGCCCUCGCCCCCAGCACUAUUUUUGUGGACGAGAUUGACGCACUCUUGCAGGCACGCGGGGGCGUCCACGAGGGGGAGGGUUCCCGCCGCAUCAAGACGGAAUUUCUCGUGCAGAUGGACGGCGCUGGAAACGACAACAGUGAGGCGCGCGUGCUGGUCAUGGGGGCGACGAACCGGCCAUUUGACCUGGACGAGGCGAUCAUCCGGCGAUUUCCAAAGCGCGUGUUUGUGCCGCUGCCAGAUGCCCCUGCGCGUGCGCAGAUCCUUCAGUCGCUGCUGGGCACGGAGGAGACGCCCAAUGGUUUCACCCCGGCGGUGUGGCAGCGCAUCGUCGCCAUGACGGAGGGGUACAGUGGGCAUGAUCUGCGGCAGCUCUGUGAAGAGGCGGCGAUGAUUCCGGUGCGGGAGCUCCUCGCGGAGAAGCUGCGGAAUGGGGAGGAGUUGGCCGCGCAAGCGUACCACAGCGACCUGUUGCGGCCCCUAACGCUGCAAGAUGUGGAGACCUGCGUGAGGGCGCGUCACCCCAGCUGCUGCCCCAAACAGUUAAAGGCCCUGGGUGAGUGGAGUGACACCUACGGCUCGAGGUAA